AUGAGCACCGAGACCAAAACCAUGCCCACGAUGGACAACAUGAGCCGCAGCGAAAAACGGGCCUGGAAGUCGCUACAGCGCUUCGGCCUCGAACCCGUCACCGAUAUCACCAAGGUCGAAAUACGGAGACCCAAGGACGCCCCCGUAAUCAUUGACGCGCCGCGUGUGUUUAAGGUCCCCGGUGCCGUGCCUUCCUACGUGGUACUGGGCCCGCUCCGCAUACACAACAUGCAGCAGGAACUAGCGCGCACCUACCAGAUGUUCACGCAGCAGCAGGCGUUGGCUCAAUCGCGUGCGGCUGCGGCACAGGAAGCCGCGGCCAUCACCGCUGACAGCCAAGCGCCCAAGACCGAGGCUGCGCCUACGGAGAUGCCCGCGGUCGCUGCUGAACCGGAAGUCGACACCACCGGACUUGACGAGGAGGACAUCCGCAUGGCCGUGGAGCAAACGGGCAAGACCAAGAAGGUGGUCGUCGAGACGCUCCGGGCCCAUAAUGGCGACCUCGUCGAGACCAUCAUGGCCUUGACUGCUUAA